CAUUACUCUUGUGGUGACGUGUCAAGCAAGUGCCGGAAGCGUCUGAGUUGUUCCAAGAUGGCUUACCAGACAUUUCAGCAGGAAUAUUUACAGAUUCCUGUUGUUACUAGGGCAUACACAACCGCAUGUGUUCUCACAACCGCUGCAGUGCAACUAGAACUCAUCACACCUUUCCAACUAUACUUCAAUCCAGAUUUGAUACUAAGGAAUUAUCAGGUAUGGCGAAUCAUAACCAACUUUCUAUUUUUUGGCCCAGUUGGCUUCAACUUCCUUUUCAAUAUGAUAUUUUUAUAUCGAUACUGUCGUAUGCUGGAAGAGGGUUCUUUCAGGGGUCGCACUGCUGACUUCGUCUUCAUGUUCCUCUUUGGUGGCCUUCUGAUGACUAUAUUUGGCACUUUUGUGAGUCUUGUGUUCUUGGGUCAAGCCUUUACCAUCAUGCUAGUGUACGUGUGGAGCAGACGUAAUCCCAAUGUCCGCAUGAACUUCUUUGGCCUGCUGAACUUCCAGGCACCUUUCCUCCCCUGGGUUCUGAUGGGAUUCUCUUUGUUACUGGGCAACUCCAUCAUUGUGGAUCUACUAGGUAUUGCUGUAGGUCAUGUAUACUUUUUCCUGGAAGACGUGUUCCCUAACCAACCAGGCGGUGGAAGAUGGCUCAAGACUCCUUCAUUUCUUAAGAUGCUGUUUGACACGCCAGAAGACGACGCCAACUACAACCCUCUCCCAGAGGAACGCCCUGGAGGGUUUGGAUGGGGCGAAGGUCAGCGCCUCGGGGGUUAACAUAGCACCUGUCAUCAUUACAGGAUCACUUUCAUGGACAUUCCCUCAAAGGAUGGCUAGGGGGACAAAUUAUGUGGUCUUUAUUCAACUUGUUUCACUAUAGUUCUGGAUGAAAAAGGCCAAUCUCCUACCUGAGCUUACCGGAGAUUCGUCAGUUGUCUGUGUACUGUAUGUGGCUUACAUCCCCCUCAAAGACUGUUCUAAAAGCCGGACUGUUGCCAUAAGACCAUCUGUGACGAGGCAACAACAGGGAGAGGGGACUUUGAAGGGCAAACCUUUGGCUGUAUUGUUGGCGUAUGUCUUUAUCUCUGAAAAUAUAAUCAGAUGAGCAGAAACAAGAGGACAAGGAUAUUUGAUUGAAUUGAUGAAUUCCGGUCAGAUCUCGUGUUUUUCCAUUUUACUUUUUUCUUCUUUUUUUUUUUUUUAAGAAUAAAUGUGUGGCAAGCAAGAAUAAUUGUGGAGUAU